UCAUAAGUCUUGGUGUAUGCAUGAGUCAAUGGAGAAACCGCUUUUGGCAUCGUGCAAAUUCUGCCUGAAUAUUCUCGACAAUUCAGAGCUCGAGAAACCUUAGAAGAGGUACAUUUCUUAUCAUCGAAAUCAACGAUUCGUUGGAACGUUUAUGGACGCUACCCCUAAAGCUUUAUCGAAAAGCAUCCCCGCUGCGAUUCAUCGAAACCCAUUUGUCGGCAAUCAGAUAUGAGAGCGUUUUGCCGUGGAAAUUCGUCACCUCAUCCCAUAGAGCACGAACAGUCGUCGGCCCACGUUUCACGCGAAGGCACCGCGAUCAACUAAAUGUCCGAGCAACUGCUGCUCAGAGAAGCGAAUGUGUCAUCGUUCGUGUCACGCAUGCAAAACCAGCAAUCGCCAUCAUCGCCAACGCCAUGUCCAUGCCAUACCCUGAGCACUGGCUGUUGUUCGAUGUGCAUUGAAAGUGCCGGCAAUAAAAAAAGCGUGAAAUCGGGGGACGAAACGACCGAUUGUCACUAUCACGACCACCACCAUAGCUUGUCUUCCAGGUUCUCGUCAGGGGAUUUGAGCUCGGAGCUCGACGAUGAACCAAGCACAGACUCCGGGCUGGCCUCCAUGGCCAGGGAUUCGUCCCAAUCGUAUCAAGGGGUGCCAGAUCGACCUCUGCAGUCCCAACCGACACCGGUACCACCCGCUAGCCAACCACCGGUACCUGGAGCACCUCCUCCGAGUGCCACCCAACCGGCUGGAGGCGACCUGAGUCUGAAUCUCAGGCCUGGGUCCAGAACCACCAGCGCACCCUCUUCACCCGCUAAGACCAGGGAGAGCUUGCUGCAACGGGUGCAGAGCUUGACCGGGGCUGCUCGCGAUCAGGGUGCCUCCAUCUUGGGAGCGGCAGUGUCCGGUGCAACGAGAGGGCCGUCGUACAACAAAGAUCGAUGCUUCACCUUGCUAGUAAUCGACGACCAGAAUACGGACUGGAGCAAGUAUUUCCGGGGUCGUAGGCUUCAUGGCGAUUACGAGAUUCGCGUUGAACAGGCGGAAUUUCGGGAAUUGUCGUUGACAGCUAGCGAGACUGGUACUGUUGUGUCCAUGGCAGUUUAUCGUAACGGGACCAAAGUCAUCAGAUCCUUCAAGCCUGAUUUCGUCCUGAUACGACAGAACCUGAGGGACGCGGGAGAGGACUACAAGAACCUUCUUCUCGGUUUAAUGUACGGCGGUAUACCAAGCGUUAACAAUCUCACGGCAAUCUACAACUUCCAGGAUAAACCUUGGGUGUUCGCGCAUCUGCUUGGUCUUCAGCGCCGUCUGGGCAAAGACAAUUUCCCGUUGAUCGAGCAGACUUUCUAUCCCAAUCAUCGCGAAAUGGUAAGCGCAUCUCGUUAUCCGGUCGUGGUGAAACUUGGACACGCCCACGGUGGAGUGGGAAAAGCUCGUGCCGAGACGAAUCAAGAGUUUCUAGAUCUCGCCUCGUUGGCUGCUUUGGCGAACGUUUACUGCACGUCGGAACCGUACAUCGACACCAAGUACGACGUGCACGUGCAGAAAAUAGGCAAUAACUACAAGGCGUUCAUGCGGAAGAGCAUAAGUGGAAACUGGAAAUCGAACACCGGUUCAGCGAUGUUGGAGCAAUUAGCCGUGAGCGAGAGACACCGAACUUGGGUCGAUCACGUAGCCCAAUUGUUUGGUGGAUUGGAUAUAUGCGCGAUCGAGCUGCUGGUCGGGAAAGACGGUCGAGAAUACAUAAUCGAGGUGAACGACAGCGCGUUGUCGUUAAUGGGCGAUUCGCAAGAAGAGGAUCGUCGUCACAUCGCGGAUCUUGUUACAGCGAAGAUGCAGGCAUGCUGCCGACCACCGAGCAUGCUGACGAAAACAACGUCCAGAGGGUCAAUGUCUGGAUCCAGUCAAGCAACGAGCCCUGUUGAAGAUCGCACUGCACCACCAACUGCACCACUCGGAUCUCACGGAAGUAUGGGCUCCAUGGCGAGCAUAGGGAGCUUAGGCUCUGUGGGGUCCACCACUGCGUUGGCUGGCGACACGACCACUUCCGAUAGUCAUCAUCAAUUGCAGCGUCGUGAUUCGCAAGCAUCGCAAUCCAGUACAGUGAGCAGCGCUCCUUCAGUCGGCCGACGUCAAGAGGAACCUCCACCAUCGAGAGUACCAUUUCACAGACAAGGCAGUCAAUCUCAAAGCGAGGAUACCGAGGACACGAUGAAGAAUCUGCGGAAAACAUUUGCUGGUAUCUUCGGAGACAUGUAAAUUUACAGAACAGUCCGGACUGUUCUGUAAACUGGAUGCACUGGACGUACUGGAGCAUAGCAAGUCAUAUUACCUAUUAAGUUAGUCGAAAAGAGAAGGUAUUUAGGGCGAAAAUGAGUUGGUUUAAACUCUUCCAUUCAAGAUCAUUCCUUUUACACGUAAUUUACCAUUAACUUCUGAGAAGUUUACGGAUAGUUUUACGUUUAAGUGUAAGAGCUCAUUGAGAACACUCGGCACAUAAAUGUUUAAGAUUUAUUGAAAAAGCAAGCGCGACGCCGAUAUAUUUGCAGAUUAUCGAAGGUGAUUAAACGACACUCGCGAUAUAAAGAUGUACAUUUUGCCAACGGUCCACGGCGGUGAAAAACUCGUUAACGUUUUGUUUUCAUUCAAUAAUUUUAGUUGCAAUUCGGACGUUUUUGCAAUUUUUAUAUUAACCUCUUCAAGGACAUAUUUAUAAUACAUACUUAUUUCUCUUUAAAUUAAGUAAUGUCAUUUCUUUUGUAUGUUCUUAGGUUUGAAAUUAUUUUAACAUAAUUUCUAUUUAAACUGAGUAAAAUAUAAUUGUUCAUAAAAAAUUAGAUUCGAAGGUCCUUGAAGAGGUUAAGCAACAAUGGUUUUAACCAGCUAUUCGCGACUACAUUGCUUUCAAUUUUUCACUCAUUAAAAUCGCGCGUUCGAUAGGUCUAGAUGUAUUUUCGAUAAGGGAAGGGAACGAAAAAAUUUCGGGGGGAUUUAAAAAAGAGUGCCGUGGUCGUUUAUGUAUAUUAAAGAGAGAAAAAUAAGAAAAGAGUAAUGUAGAUUCUAUGUAUUCGAUGUAUUCAGCAUUUAAAUAGCGGCUAGAAGUAUUCUCAGGUUAAUACGAGGUAAAUCAUAGUUUUCCAUGCGUGUCCGGUUAUGUUGGGUUACCAUCGACGUAUCCGUUCUGCAUACUCGUCUGUCUCGUUUUACGGGAACCGCUGCCACUUGGGUUUUUCGAUUCCAACAGGAAACAGUACCAUAGAGGCCCCUGUCAUCUCCUCAUCCGACUUUACUUCAGGCGUCUACUUUUUAGGCUUAACUUUCGAUUAUAAAAUAGACAGAAGGAAAGGAACGAAGAAACGAGAGAAAAAAAAAGAAGAAAGAAAGAUAGAAAGGUUGGAUUAUAAAUUGAAUGGAUGACGAAAGAUUUACAGUGAAAUAUUUGUAAAAUUGUUAAAAAGUAUUUAUAAGCCGACGUCAUUCAACGAUGAUUGAGGAAACCAAAAAAGAGGAGAUUCGGGCAUUAUACUUGAACAUUUGGCUAGAGAAGACAUCGUAGAUCGGUUGCUGGCCGAUCGACAAACCUUUGGCCAGUUUCUAAGAACAAGAUCUACGAGUCUGUAUCGUAAGCGCACAAAUAGUCAUUAAGAUUUCGAAAACGGACAGUAGGUUGACAUCGUGCGUGCGAACUAGGCAAACACGUUUGGACGAAACGGCUGCUACGGCGACAAAAUUCUUCUGUAAAUCGUCGGUUCGCGUUUCAUGAAUACUACAUAUUUUCGGCUAAUUGAAAAAGAAAGGGAAUUCCUACGACCGACGAUCUUUCGAUUUGGAUAAUGUCAAAAUUGGUCGCUUUGGAUAGAGAGAGCAGCUCGAUGUUGAAAACUGUCCUACAUUCCGAUAACGGAUCGCUUCUUUUUUUUCGACAUUUUCAUCCGAGAAAAUUCGGGGGAAAAAGGAGACGUUCGUUGCUCCGUAGAGUUUAAGAACAAUACCGAAUGAAAUCAAAAUGUUUAUAAACGGGUUCGUGAACUAGGAACGGCGUGAGAGAAAAAGCGACCGCCAGGCGUCGCGGGAGCGAAGAAAAUACGGGCAUUCUUUAACUUGCGAUUUUGCGAUCGAGCAAAAGAAAUAUACCGAGAUAACAUUUGGUAAUCUGCAAAUAUCAACGCGUUCGCUUGCUUCCUAAUUUUUCGAUGCUUCUUUGACUCAGUACCGGCUGGAUAGAAGGGAAAUCGAUCUAUGAUCAUUGACGUAACUAGGUAGGAGGGUGGCUAAAAUGUGGGCCUACGAGAGUAGGAUCUAGGAUAUUUCGAAAUUUUGAAAUUCAGAAGUUUGGAAAUUACCAAGUCUCGAUAUCUGAUUCUAAAAUUUCUGAAUUACUGAAUUUUCAAUUUCCUAAAUUCCCGAUUUCCAAGUCUUAGACUUGCGAAUCCCAAAGUUCUUAAUUUCUGAGUUUCUUAACCACUAAAUUUUUAAAUCCCUAAGCACUCAUCCCAACUCCUCAAAUCCCCAAAUUCUUAACCUUUGAAUCUGUAUAUCCCAAUUCCUCAAAUCAUCGUCUUUUCAAAUUUCCAAAUUCCUACAUUCCUAAAUCCCUAAAGUCCCAAAUUUCCCAAUACUCAAAUGUCCAAAUUUCCAAAUUCUCAAAUCACCAAAUUUGCAAACUUCCCAGCAUUGAACCCAAAACCCCAAAUAUCCUUCAGAAUCCCCAAAUCCCCCAAAAGACUAGGUAAUGCUUCGCAUAAUCAUGCACUAAGACUACUAGUGAAUUUACAGGAAUCCAGCAUAGAAAAUCCUAGUUACGGCAAUGUCGAUAACGACGAAAAAGAAGUAAACAGACGAACUUUAUCCAAUGAUCUCAAUUUAUCUUAGCUUAAGAGCUGAUAAACGUAUUACGACGAAGACAAACCUCGUGGUGUCAGCUUUGAAAGGAAAAUACAAAUGUUAUUCCUUCCAACAUUAUGUUCCUAGUUACUUUCGAAUCUCGAUAUAAUUUCAUUCCGAUAAAAAUUGCGAAGUUGGUUUGAAUUAGUUUAGUUAGUUGCAGGGAUAAGAUAAGACACGCGUAGGGUUGCGAAAGGGAAAUACGGGACAUAGGAUUGCCUUUUUGUUUUCUGUUCGAUUUAACUCAUUAACUGCCAAUCUUUCAUAUUUACUAAAGUUUUAUUCUAUAGAUUCUAGUUAUUAACUGUUGUCAAGUAAUACUAUAUAUUUGUCAAGUACAUCUGAAGUUUGUCAUUGCACUGUGCUUGUACAGUAGUUGUCUAUGCUAGCACAGUAAUUGUAAAAGCAAUGUAAAUUAAUUAUUUGUUUUGAGGUGAACGUUGAUAAAAAUUUGUUGAGAAACAAUAUUUUCAAUAUAUUAUUGAAAUUAGUGGAAUAAUUUAAAUUUCUGUAAUCAGUAUGUAUGCUUCAAGAUCGGCACCAAUGUAUAUACAUGGUAAAGAUAAGGAAGAUAUUUUACAUUGGCAAAGUUUUAACAAAAAUUAUGUUAGUCUUCAGUAAAAGUAUCUGAAAGUAAUCUUGUCGAAGGCAGUAAAUGGGUUAAUUCUCGAUAUUAAGUUAAAUAAUAAAACGUAAACAAAAGACGUGAACUUAAUCCAUCCUGUACUGCACAAUUAACGAUCGGUCAAUGUAUCACAGUAUAGGUUUAGUUAGAAAGUUAGUUACUCGUUAGAGCAACAAGGUGAUCAAUUAAAAUUAAUUUCUGAAGUAAUAGACGUACGACGAUUUGGUUUUCGAUGUGCCUUGAUACUUAAGUGUCCUUCUUGUCACAUUUCUCACUGAAUUCGUAAAACGCACGGAACACUAAUCGCACCUACACACAACACACCGUGCACUUAACCGUAAGAUCAGUUGUUUGUACUUUUUAUAUAUAAUAUAUCGAAAACACGUGCACCAUUUACACGAUCAUCGCAACGAGCUGUUUGUCGUUCAUCGCGUCUCGACAUCGUGGAUAAACGCAGAUACACCGUCCAACUAUGGAGAUCGACAGUGAACGAAGGUACAUUGAAUUUCGAUCGGAAUCUAACACAUUCUAACACCGAGCGUUCGAUUCGUACCGUUCGAUCACGUUUCACGAUAGGCACGGCAUCGCGAUAAUUUAUUCUACGUUCAACGAUUUUAGUCGCUUCAGCAUUAGUUUACCUCGAAUGUGCACUGCAUAGGCUCGGAACAUUUUCUUCGGCUUGAACAUUUCGUUCAGAUCAAUUGUCCAUACGACAGGCAAUGAUUCGUAGGAAGGAUAGAGCGUACGAGAAUAGAAUCGCGAGAAUAGACCAGAAGCUUCGGGUUAGCUUUCAGAGCUGUAUAAUUUCAUAAUUCUCGCGUUUCCACGAAUACGAGUCUCGUUAUAUGGCACUGAAAGCAAAACUUGUGAAAAGUGCAAUAUAUACGGAGCUCAUUCCAUGAGGUGAUUAACAUGGGACUUAAAAAAUCAGAACGAAACUUACUAGAAUUAGAUGUUCGACAUUUAUUUAUUUGCAAACAUGCAUACCUUAAAUUUCUGAAUUUUCA